AUGGUCGUUCUCAACUUGUUCUCUGUGUGCUUGUUCGCGUUCAUUUCGUCGUACGUGCAGUCACUUGCUUCGGCGGAAGACCUGAAACUGGAGGCUCGCAUGCUACCUUGCGAUCUGAUCAAGUACCACGGAUACCCUUGCGAGAUUACGCACGCGACCACUGAAGAUGGCUACAUACUAGAUGUGUUUAGAAUCGCUCACGGAAUUCAAGGCAAUGCGUCGAGGGUAAACGACGAAUCGCAACGUCGUCUACCACUGCUCUUGGUUCCUUCCUUGAUGGCUCCUGUUGAUGAGUACUUCUGGAACUUGCCCAGUCAGAGUCCGGGCUUCCUCUUCGCUGACAAUGGUUUCGACGUCUGGGCUAUGUGCGUGAGAGAAAACCAGCCUUACGUACGUCACAAAAAACUCUCUCAAGAAGACCCUAAGUUCUGGCAGUUCAGUUUCGACGAAAUGGGGCGCUACGACGUUGCCGCCGCAAUAGACCACGUGCUCAACGCUACAGGCGCCACCAAGCUGACAAUUUUGGGAUACUCUCAAGGAACGCUUUCAAAUUUUAUACUGCAUUCCACAAGACCAGAGUACAGUGAAAAGGUCUCUCUUUUUAUAGCAUACGCUCCAAUCGGAAAUAUCACUCACAUCGGAUUACCUCUCAAACUGAUCCUGCCGUACGUUCCUUCCCUCCUGAAACUUGUCUACCCGUUUACACUUGGAGGUUAUCUUGGCUCGUCGCAUGGCUUGCAGGAAUUGUUCUCUGCAGCAUGCAGUAUAUUAUGGAGCGUGCCUUGUGGCAUCGGUACUGCAUUGACCGGCACUUUCAGCCCAGAGCAGUUAAACAAGACGCGAGUUCCAGUUUACGCGGGCCGUUUUCUUCUUGGCACGACUGUUCAAAACUUCCUUCAUUUCUACCAGAUUUACAAAGCGAAGAACUUGGUCAUGUAUGACCAUGGGAAAGAUGAGAACCGUAGGAGAUAUGGCCAGGUGACACCACCACCUUAUCCCAUAGAACGCAUAAAAGUACCGAUAGCCAUGUUCUCGUCUCAAGGUGACGUACUGGCCGACACUGCCGACGUGACCGACCUGGCUUACAGACUCGGUACUAGCCUCGUCUUCCACCGUGUCGUACCGCAGGCCAGCUUCACCCACCAGGAUUUCGUCAGCGGAAACAGGGCCAACGACUUUCUGCACAACACUGCUAUCGAGCUAGCUAAGAAAUACUCUGCUCACAACCCAUGACGUUUCUCACAGUUCACUGCGAGUAUUUCAUGCUUGUAUGAACCGCUGAUCGAAGCCCCUAUUUACAUUAUUUGUGCAAUUAACUGCCAAUCUAAAGAUAUGUCCUUGAAAAAAUGCCGUAGAGAAGUAAUGUUUGAGCAGUAUAAACAACAAAAUAAACUAUAAGUGUGAAAAAUAAAGAAUUGUAGAUAUCCUCAA